UUUUUUGUAUGGUUUGCUAAUGGUUGAAAAACCUAGUUCAUAUAAACAAUUUACAUUUACUUUUAUUUCAGGAAAUAUGAAUUCUGAAACUGUGAGUAACCUUGUUACUACUGGAGUUAGUUCUGAGGCUGCUCCGGUCGAGGUUGAUGAACCUAGUUCGAAAAGGCUGAGACCAGCAACCUCCGAUGUUUGGAAUUUUUUCAAAAAGCUCGGUCCAGAUAAGGAUGGAGUAGAACAUGCUGAGUGUAAAGGAUGCAAGAAAGUGUUUAAAGCUGGAGAGAGUUCUUCCCAACUUUCAAGUAAUUUUUCUCAAGCAACAUCUUCUGCAAUUGGAACUCAGCUUAUUAAAAUUGUUGGUGAUUUGAUGUCCCGUAAUCAAGAAGUUGAAGUGAAAAGUGGAAAGAACCAACUGGAUAUUUAUUUGAGUGAGGCAACAUUAUUUUACAAUGAUGCAAUCAUUGAUGUUUUGCAAUGGUGGAAAGACAACCAUUAUCGUUUUCCAACACUAUCACUAAUGGCACGAGUUUUGUUGAGUAUUCCUAUUACUACCGUGGCUUCAAAAUCUGCAUUUAGCAUGGGUUCUCAUGUUUUGAAUAAGUAUAGAAGUCGUUUGUUGUCAGAUAAUGUUGAAGCAGUGAUUUGCACCAGAAAGAGCGGGCUUCUGGCGGGACGGGGCGGGCUUCCCCGCCUGACACCCCUAACUACAUGUAAUUAA